AUGUCAAAGUCUGGACACGAUGCCGACGUCGAGCUCAGGACCUCCGAAGAUGCUGCUGAAUUCCUCGAAAUUGACCCCCUGCACGGCGGAGACGGCGACGACGCUGUCGGUGGAGUCGAGGCUUUUGCGGCAGAGUACCAUCUCACUGACGAGCUAGACGUGUUGUGGAAGGCGGCGAUACUACUCCAACAUGGUGGUGGUGUAGAUGACGAUGCCGACGUUGACGGGCUUGCGGUCGCAGACUUGGCCGCAUGGCGGCGCGAACGUAGUCACAAAUGGCAUCAGCCGAAGAUGCUGUACUUUGUAAUGUUCUGCUGCUCGCUAGGUGCGGUAGAGCAGGGAUUCGGGCAGACCAGCAUGAACGGCGCGAACCUGUUCGUAAAGGAGGCACUACAUGUCGAUCCUGCCCAGCUCGGCCUCAUCAACUGUGGUCUGUUCCUCGCCCAGUCACUAAUUGGCUCAUGGAUGGCUCAACCGGUCAAUGACCGCAUUGGCCCUCGGGGAGCAAUCUUUGUGGCGACGUUGCUCUGCUUUAUUGGUAACGCCUCGUCAGCGCUCAGUGGAUCAUGGCCCGUCCUUCUCGUCGCUCGCGUCGUACUGGGCAUUGGACUCGGACUAAACGCAAGUACUGUUGCGGUCCUGGCCGGCGAGUCUGCACCAGCAUCGAUUCGAGGCGGGCUUGGGGUGAGCUGGCAGAUGUUCACGGCUUUCGGCAUCUUUCUCGGUUGUCUCGCUAAUGCCCUGCUCAAUGGUCAUGCCGCGGACGUGGUAUGGCGGCUGCAGCUGGCUGCGCCUGCCAUUCCGACCGUACCGUUGCUCGUGCUCAUCUUCGUCUGUCCAGAAUCACCGUCUUGGUACAUCAAUCGCGCGCACUAUGGUAAAGCCUUUGCUGCUCUCACGAAGUUACGCAACACCAAGCUUCAGGCGGCCUGUGAGCUGUACGCACACUAUGUUGCUAAGCGGGAGCAGACGAAGGUCUCCGCAGAUGGCGAACAUGCAUUGUGGGCCUUGAUCAGAUGCAGUGACAUUGCUGACCCAAUCCAAGAGUCUGAGCCUGCCACCUUUGCUUCAAAGUUGGCCUCGCUUCUCACAGUGCCGAGGAAUAGACACGCCGUCUAUGCCUCAUACAUCGUCAUGAUCACUCAACAACUCUGCGGCAUCAACAUCAUUGCAUUCUACUCCUCGACCAUAUUCUUGAGUUCUGGCUUCCCAGCUGCUGCAGCUCUUUGGGCCUCCGUCGUCUUCGGUAUCGUCAACUUUUUAGGCGCAUUCCCAGCCAUCUGGACCAUGGACGCCUUUGGACGCCGGAGACUUCUGCUGUGGACAUUGCCACCGAUGGCAGUAACGAUGGCUCUCGCCAGCCUGACUUUUGGGCUCUCGCACGGCAAGGCACAGCUGGUCCUACUGGCAGGUCUGAUCUACCUCUUCUGCGCCUUGUACAGCCCAGGAGUUGGCCUGGUCCCUGUUGCCUACUCCGCUGAAGUCUACCCCCCAACGUCCGCGAGGUGGGCAUGA